UUUCGACACAUUAAUUGUUUGUUAUUGUCGCAUUAUUGCGAAUUUGCGAAUUGUUUUAUAAAUGUUUUAUUAUUUAUAAUACAGUGUCUAGUGUUCAUAUAAUUAUUAAGUGUUUAAAAUUAAAAAGCAGCCGUGGAUCCCAAUAUUAGUGUUGAAAUGUGCACCCCGGAGACGUGGAGGGGAGGCGGAGUGGCCCGCUCUCCCUCCCAUGAGUCCGUCACCACAGAGCUGUCGUUGUUCAGUGUAUCAUCGGCUGCCUCAGAUGCUAGAGUGCUCAAGUUGUUGGCUUGCAAGGCUGGACAGGGUCCAGAUCCAUCGCUGAGGGUAGCCAGUCCAAAUCCGGACAGCAAAACUUUAAGGACGCAGUCGUCGCUGCGGCUGCAGGCGGACCCGUGCGGCGAGGUGCUGGCGAGCUGCGGGGCGCUGUGCGGCCAGCUCGGGCUCCGCCGGGCCUUCAGUGCUGGAGACGUGGCCGCCGCACACACGCACCACCACGUGCGCAGUGCAACGUCAGAAGUCGGUCUGUGCGCUGCGUUGGAGGCGCUCACCCUCAGCGCAGCCUCCAGAUCUUGCAGCACGUGGGUUGCUGUGGGGGGCUCCCAGCUGCCGUCGCCUCAACGGUCACAUCCGAUGCUACCACCUCACCGUCCGGUGCCCAUAGACAACAGAAAGGUCCGUCAAAACUAUAUCAAGAGACGUCUCCUGACCACGUACAGGGCGCUGGAGAGAAUGUCCCAAUCGGAAUUUAACUUGGACAGGCUCGAGCAGGCAGCAGCCAGUGCCAGCGGUGCGGCGACCGGGGGGCCGCCCCGCACCACACUUGCAGUGCCGCCCCCGCACGCUAGAUAUGUACACCCCGAAGCAGCACAUCUGGCCCUUACCGCGGCAGAUCUGGAACGCGAACGCGGCCGCCCUCUGUCGAAAUACGAGCGUAACAUGAUGAUAUUCAAUUGGUUACACACUCUAGACGAGGCUGCGCCCUUCUAGAACGCUCUAGAAGGUUACAGAAGUUGUUAAAUGGACACAGAAGAAUAUGCCAGAAUUGUCAUUCUUUUCUAAAUUCUAUAUAACUUAUUAAUAUUAAAUAAAUGCGAAAGUUUGUGAGUAUAGAUGGAUGUUUGUUACUCUUUCAUGUAGAAACUACUGAACGGAUUUUGAUUGAACUUUACAGUUAUAUAGCUUAUCAGAAUAACACAUGGGCUAUAAAUUUCACGCCUUUUUUUUUUAUAACACAGGGGACAAACGAGCAUGCGGCUCACCUGAUGGUAAGUGAUUACCGCCGCCAAUGAGCACCCGCAACACCAGGGGAAUUGCAAGUACGUUGUCGGCCUUUUAAAAAGAAAUAAGCUCUUUUCUUGAAGGUUUCAAUAUCGUAUCGGAAUACACCUGUGAAACCGCGUGCUCAAACGCGAUAUAGAAAAUGAAUCAAUAUCUGUUGCUGUUUCACACAAAAAUUACUGAACUAAUUGGAAAGAAAUUAAGUACACAGGUAGAUCAUAUACUAUAUUAACAUACAGCAUACAGAACAUUGUAAGUAAAAGUAAAGUUUUUGUUGUUACGAACAGAUAUACACGUUACGAAAUCAUGAAACAUUGA